UCUGAUACAUACAAGCUGAUGGCUGAGACCGCCAAGAUCCUCAAUAUCACAACACCUUUACUCUACAUUCGGAGACAUGAUGUACCUUUAGCUCGUGCAGUUGGACUAGACACACCCUAUGUUGUUGUUCACUCUAGUCUUCUUAAGCUUCUCACCCCACAAGAGCUGCAGGCUGUUUUCGCUCAUGAGUUGGCUCAUCUCAAAUGUGGUCAUUAUGCGUUAAUCAAACUUGCAACGUUGACUGCCCUUGCAGCUGAGAGCAUACCUUAUUCGGUGCUUCAACAAAUUCCAUUGAAAGAGUUACUUGGUUGGCGUCAAGCAACAGUCCUAUCUUGUGAUCGUGCAUCGCUUCUUGCUGCACAAGACCCAAAGGUGGUCAUCUCUGCUAUAAUGAAAGUAGCUGCGGGCUUUCCAUCAGUGGUAGAAGAACAAGAUGUUGAUGCAUAUUUGGCAGCGGCUCGUGCUUAUGUCGCUGCUUCUUCCUCAAGCCCCUCUGGGGAUGCUCAUGAUGCUCUUGCAAGAGAACCUGUGCCCCUGCAACGUGCUUAUGAGAUUGAUGAGUGGUCCAGAAGCAAAGAGUACACAGUGAUGCUAACCUCUGCAACAACUUUUGAAGCAAGUUGCUAUGGAAAGAUCAUGGAGAAGCUUAGUUUUGAACCCAAUGGAGUCAUCAACAAUGUGGAGAUGAAGGAUCCACCUGGUGCCAAUGUGACUAAGUCUGCUGCUAAGAAGUAGAGAUCGGCCCGAGGAUUACGAUAAGCGAAAUCUCUGAUAAUAAAAAGAAUAUUCUGGAAAACUUCAUCCAGAUUUGAUUUGCUAGUUUGUUGAGUCAGAUUAGUAGUAAGUUUUAGUUUGUUGCCAUGGUUGUUAGGUGUCCGCUCCCAGUAUUGGGUGCUUGACUGGCCGUGGCACAUGAGUCUAGG